AUGGGUGACUGGAGCUUUCUAGGGCGGCUGCUUGAGAACGCUCAAGAACACUCCACUGUGAUUGGAAAGGUUUGGCUGACUGUCCUCUUCAUCUUUCGCAUCUUGGUGCUGGGUGCAGCGGCCGAGGAGGUCUGGGGGGACGAGCAGUCAGACUUCACAUGUAACACGCAACAGCCCGGUUGCGAGAACGUCUGCUAUGACGAGGCCUUCCCCAUCUCCCACAUCCGCUUCUGGGUGCUGCAGAUCAUCUUCGUCUCCACGCCCACCCUUAUCUACCUGGGCCAUGUGCUGCACAUCGUCCGCAUGGAGGAGAAGAGACGGGAGAGGGAGGAGGAGCUCAGGAAGGCCGGACGGCACCAGGAAGACCACGACCCCCUCUUUCACAACGGGGUCGGUGACGGAGGAGGAGGAGGAGGAGGCGGGAAAAAGGAGAAGCCGCCGAUUCGCGACGAGCACGGGAAGAUCCGUAUCCGCGGGGCGUUACUGAGGACCUACAUCUUCAACAUCAUCUUCAAGACUCUGUUUGAGGUGGGCUUCAUCCUGGGACAGUACUUCCUGUAUGGCUUCCACCUGAGGCCGCUCUAUAAAUGUGGCCGCUGGCCCUGCCCCAACACUGUGGACUGCUUCAUCUCCAGGCCCACGGAAAAGACGAUCUUCAUCAUCUUCAUGCUCGUGGUUGCCUGUGUCUCUCUGCUGCUCAACCUGCUCGAGAUCUACCACCUGGGCUGGAAGAAGGUCAAACAGGGGGUCACCAAUGAGUUCGUACCCGACACCGAGUCGCUGCUGCUCGGUCCGGACGAGCGAGGAGACUCGGAGACGAUUCCUGAGCAGACCGCCCCGUCGGUGCUCGACUGUCUGCCGGCGUACGCCAGUGUGACCGUGGUGGGGGCCGGAGCAGCCGGGGGAAGAGCUUACAGUCCAACAGAAGCCACCGCCCCUUUGCCCGCUGAGCUCAAGAUGGAUGGCACGGGGUUCCACCCAGACGACUACCUGUUGGAGACCCUGCCCACUUCCUUUUACGGCGGCCGUAACAAAGGGAGCGUGGGAAGCCGCGGGCAGCUGACUGCAAUGGAGCAGAACUGGAGCAACAUGGCACUGGAGCUCCGCAAUGGAAAAAACUCCACCUCCUCCUACCCUCCUACUCUUCCCUCUCCUCCCACCUCCACCUCCUCCUCUCCUCAGGAGGAGUCGACUCCCGCGCACGAGGAUCAACGCUCAAUGUUUCCCACACUUCCUCGUAAUACCCCUCUUUCCCCCCUCACGCCACAGGAGACAGCGUUGGAUGAGGAAAACACCACAGCGCCUUAUAUGGUCCCACACGACGACUUCACUGUGGUCACCAGGGCGGAGAUGCAUCAGCCUCCGUCUGCUGCGGCGACAGACAUCCGGAAGCCGAGUCGGGCCAGCAAGAACAGCAGCGUCCGAGCUCGCCCCGACGACCUGGCCGUGUAG